AUGCUUCUCUUCUCUUUUUCUCAUCGAUUAUGGAUUACAACCCCUCUUUUAUUACUCAUUGUUCAUAUCGUUGCCGUGGUUGAAGCUAUCGAACGAGAAUACUAUAUUGCAGCCGAGGAGAUCGAAUGGGAUUAUGCACCAAAGAACCACGAUCUGCUCCAUGAUCUGCCAUUAGAGUCCAGCCCGGCUCGAUUCUACACUGUACGCAAUGAGACCCGAAUCGGCAAAGUAUACCAUAAAGCCAUGUAUCGUCAAUACCAUGACAACGAGUUUCGAAGGCGAGCUGCACGUGACCCUGCCAUGGGAUUUAUUGGACCAGUGAUUCGAGGGGAAGCGGGUGACCGACUACGCAUUACAUUCCUCAAUCGAGCUAAACGGCGAUACAGCAUCCAUCCUUAUGUAAGCGACCUGGCAACGACUUCACCUUCUCAUGUUGUCGAACCUGGAGAGAAAUACACAUACAUUUGGGAUGUACCCGUUACCAUCAAUGAUACUCGAGUAUGGUGUUACAUGUCACGAGCGGAUCCAGUGCAUGAUGUCCAUGAUGGGUUACUAGGCCCUGUUGUUAUAUACCCUGCCAACACAUUACAACGACCCACACCCGGUUCACCUGAACGCCCAUUCAUGUUGGAUCGUGAGAUCUUCACAGUGAUGACCAUUACGGAUGAAAACAUGUCACAUUAUAUCCGUCAAUCAGCUGAAGCUGCCAAUGUACCACUCGCAAGAGACCCAGGGUUCUUUGAAUCGAAUCGCAUGUAUCAUAUCAAUGGCUUUGUAUUCAACAACAAUCCUUCCUUGCACAUGUACUAUGGUGAUCGUGUUCGAUGGUAUAUACUUUCGCUUGGCCUUGGUGAUGAUGAUCCACAUACAGCUCACUGGCAUGGUGCUACACUACUCCAACAUGGUCAUAGAAUGGAUGUUGUCGAUCUUAUGCCCGUCAGCUUUGAAUGGCUCGACAUGAUGCCUGAUAACGAAGGCCAAUGGCUUUUCCACUGCCACGUGACCCAACACUUUGAUGCAGGAAUGUCAGCCUUUUAUCAAGUAGAGAAACUAGAAUACAAUGGUGCAGAAGGCUGGGAUGAAGAUGAAGGCUAA